AUGUACUUGAUCAAAAAACUUGGGGCUAUCCGAUGCAAAAUUAAAGAUUGGCGUGAUAGGAUGAUCAAAAAAGAAGGGGAGGCUUUUAGUCUCACUAAAGAAGAAGUGGAGGCAUUAGAAGAGAUUUUAGAGUCGAGGGACUUGUCUGAGGAGGAGGAAUGGGUCCUUAUGGAGAAUAGAAAAGUCCUUGCGGAUAUAGAGCUUGCUAAAAGUAUGGACUUGAAACAGAGAUCUCGUAUUAGGUGGGCCAAGGAGGGCGAUGAGAACUCCAAGUUCUUCCACUCCCAGAUUAAUUGGAGGAAGGCUAGUAACGUCAUUCAUGGGUUAAACAUUGGUGGUUCUUGGGUAUCUAAACCCUCGCUGGUUAAAAAGGAGGUGUUCUCUUUCUUCAGGUCGAGAUUCGAGGAGGAGUGUAUGGGUCGGCCUAGUCUCGUUUGCCCCAACCUGAAGAAAAUCUCGAGGUCUGAGGCGUCGUGGUUGGAAUCUUCUUUCUCGAGGGAGGAAAUAAAGAAUGCAGUGUUUGAUUGUGGUGAUGAUCGGGCUCCUGGGCCGGAUGGGUAA